AUGCCUUACAUACCGUACUUAAAGUUGGCCAGAUUCAACAUGCCCAACCCCCGCGCCAUAUUUGACGCGUUUGAGCGCCACGGCGACAACGCCCCAGCUGUGAAGGCCGACAUGAAUGCCUCAGCUCUGCAGAAGAACGCUACAGCUAGUUGGAGCGAAAGCGACUGUCGCAACAUCUGGCAUCACGCCAGAAUUUGGGGCAGGGUGGCUCUGAGCUUACCAGUCCCUUUGCAUUGGCUGGACCAGGAUCACUUUGCAGACUGGCUCGAAGCCAUGGCGAAUGCUCAGACCACUUCUGUUGUUGAUGCUGCGCAUUAG